CCAACAUCCCACAUCCUCGACCUGCCAGCUGCCUGCCGUAGGCCCUACUUCCGACAUGUGCGUCCUCAUCUUGCCAAGAUGUGAGGAGCCGCCACAAUGGCAGGCAGUGAUGCCAGCACCCCAACUCGCCGGCAUAGCAGUGUCACCAACACAAGCGCAAACGCAGACUACAGCUACACUGCUCACUGGAUUCAUCAAACCGCAAGACAAAGCCGAGCCUCGAGCCUGGCAUUGCCCGGCCUAUCGCUGCCCUGUCGCGAGGGUGAGGGAUCACUGCUCGACAUUCUCAUGCGGCCGCACCAUGCAAGACAAUCGACUCCACCCCCGCCACCACUUAGAACCAAGUACCGAGAGCAGCACCCUUGCCCUCCUCCACUGCCUGCCGAGUAUCAGCAAUCAACUGACAAGCGACUGUCACCAGCCGACCUUCCGCCACCGGUGCCGAUAAGACAGACGCCGCCUCCGCCCCCGGAACGAAUGUUGCCGCCGCCGACGACGCGGCCACCGCCGCCCCCCGUCCAGCCACGCACCCGCAUUGGGCCUCCCUUCAGCCCCCGCCCCGCCUCCAAGCCACCCGAGCAGCCCCCAAGCAUCCAUCAACAGCAGGGCGCAUGCAACAAGUCGACGGCGCUGGCUCAGCUGUGCAAAGCGCCCCCGCCGCCCCCCAUCACCGAUGACGUCAUCACCGGUAGCAAGGUAUCGGUGCGCCAAGACUCUAACCAGUCGUCGGACAGCUUCAGCCAGAACUCGUCACCGAGCUACACGAGCAAGAGCAUGGAGACACCGCUGCUGGGUGGGAGCCGUGCCUUGGGCGGACGCCGCAAGGGUUGCCGCCCCGAGCCCAUCAACUGCACCUAUAGCGGCGGCUCAGAGCUGCGCGUCACCGACUCCAAUGGUGAUGUCAGCGUCAGCUCACCGCUAACCAAGAGUCACUCCACUCCCGCCAGUCUACAGACAAUCGUUCGCUUUCACCAGGUGCCCGGAAACAACAUGUCCUUCCACAAUAAGAUAAUUCGUGAUAUCCGGCGACCUUCAAAUCAUUAUAUUACAAGGGGUCGACUACGCUUCCAGUUUUGCCAAGUUUUACUAAAUGCUAUAGCACUGUUGAUUAUUGCAAUAGGAUUGGCUGCUUAUUUCAGAGCUUAUCCAUCAGGAGUUCGAUAUGCCAACAAAACGGAACCAAUAAUAGAUAUGAUACCAUCGGAGGUAUCUAAUCCUGCUCCUGGAAUAUGCUUACCUGUGAUUGUGACAUUCUGUCAACAACACCGUGUUCCAUACAACUUUACAAUGUUCCCCAACUACAUUGGCCAUUUCACUCAAAGAGAUGCAGCUCAGGAGCUGGAAGUAUACGAUGCUCUGGUGGAUGUUCGAUGCUACGAGCUGGCUGCUCUGUUCCUCUGUUCAGUUUUUGUGCCAAAGUGUGGUCCAGCCGGUCAGCUGGUUCGACCAUGCAAGAGUUUAUGCAUCGAGACUAAAAGAAGAUGCGGUUUUUUUCUGGAUGUAUUCGGGCUGACACUGCCGGACUACUUGGUUUGCGACUUGUUUCCCGAAUCACCGGAUCCGGAUGACUGUGUCGGCAACAAGGAAGUCAAUCAAGCUAAGCUCAGAGCAAAUAAGCCAGAGUGCGAUAAGGGUUUCAAAUGUGAUAAGCAUCGGUGCAUACCGGCUGACUGGCAGUGCGAUGGCUAUGUGGACUGUGAGGACCAAACUGAUGAGCUCAAGUGCAGCCAGUGUCCUGGGGGCAUGAUUCAUUGUGGAGGAAAUAAGUGUAUUGCUCAGUCGCACAUGUGCGAUGGUGUAAACGACUGUCCGUGGGGCCAAGAUGAACGUAACUGUAUUCGUUUGAGUGAUAAAAUGGGAAAUGAAGGAAAAGGUAAAGUGGAGUUAUUUCAGCCGGAGCUUCAAAGUUGGAGACCAGCAUGUUUUUUCAGCUCCCUGCAGCAUACAUCCAUAUCUAAAAGCAUCUGUACGCUCUUGGGUUACAAAACGAUGAACUCAAGUAGCCUAGUGAGGAAAAACUCACAUUCGCUGCCUCUGCAUGCGCCAAAAGUGACGCAGAACACGAUGGCUCGCCUCUACCAUCACAAGACCAAAAUCAAUGUGCUGCGAGAGCUGAAGACAUGUCCAACAGGAGACUCCUAUCCCACUCUUGAUCUCCACUGCUCUCAAUUUGCAUGUGGCACAAGAUGGACGCAGAACGAAGCGAGGGCGCGCAUUGUGGGUGGCUUCCGAUCGAUUCCUGGUGAUUGGCCGUUCCUGGCUGCAUUGCUUGGUGGCCCCGAACAGGUGUUCUACUGUGCAGGAGUCCUCAUAGCUGAUCAGUGGGUGUUGACCGCUUCACACUGUGUUGGCAAUUUCAGUCAAGGCAACCCAUCAGGCUGGACCAUUCAGCUGGGCAUUACUAGGAGACAUGCACAUUCCUAUUUCGGGCAAAAAAUGAAGGUGAAGCGAGUCAUACCUCACCCACAGUACAACACGGGCAUCGCUCAUGACAACGACAUUGCGCUUUUCCAGUUGCAGUCUCCCGUGGCAUUCCACGACCACCUGCUGCCCGUUUGCCUCCCUCCAGACGACUACCACUUGAAGCCUGGCAUGCUCUGCACUGUCAUUGGCUGGGGUAAACGCGAGGACUCUGAAGGUUCGUAUUCAUUUAUCUGAUAAUCUACAUCAUUAAUUUUUGACCGAGCGUAGUGAGGUCUACGUUUUAAUUUGACCGGAUUUGCUUGUUUAUUAAUUUAUGUCACGCAAUUUCGUUCGAACGCGUGAAAAGAUUCAUGAGAUUUGGCAGUAGUUCUCGUUUCUGAAUUAUGCAUCGAAGUAUGUGUAGCCCAGUCACUAAA